AUGAACCGUCACCAUGCACAAUUCGUAGCUGGACCCCUGCAGAGGGAUCACUACUUCACCCCCGUCACCAGCCUCAGCUUCUUCAACGCCCGGGAUGGCGAGACAUACCUGCUCGCGGGCGAGGACACGGAGCUGAAGGUGUACGAUGGUGAGGGCCGGCUGCGGUGCCAGCUCGGGAUUUUCCACGCCCAGCCCAUCCACGGCAUUCAUGUCGCCGCCGCCGCCGCAGGCGCAGGAGCAGGGCAUGGUCAGCGACAUGUGCUGCUCUGGGGGAACCAAGCCGUGACCGUCGUUUCUGCUGCCGUCAUCGAAGAGCUUAUCCUCGGGGGCGAGGACGGGACCGUGGCAGCGGCUGCGGCGGCGCCGGUAGAGAUUAUCGAGGCCAAGGCGCCGGACUGGAUCUACGACGGCGUCAUCUGCCCCGAGGACCCGGACCGCGGCGUGCUCAUCACGGCGCAUAACGAAGUCCUCGAGUUUUCUAUCGGGGCUGAUGGGAAAACGGUUUCGUUUGGCCGCAUUGUGUCGCCGUCCCGGCCGAUCCUGUACUCGGCCAACCUGACGUGGCUAUCAAAGACUUCUGUGCUCGUAGCCGGCGGCACGGUCUUUGGCGAGAUUAUUAUCUGGAAGUGCCACUUCUCCGGUGACGAAGAUGGCACUGCAACUGCCGCUGGAGAGGACGCGGGCCCGAGAAAGCCUUGGUGCGAGGUCCUCUUCGUCUUCACGGGCCACGAGGGCUCCAUCUUUGGCGUCGAUAUCUCGCGCGAGAUUGACCUCGGCGGAGGGUGCAUGGCAAGGCUGCUUGCGAGUUGCAGCGACGACCGAACGGUUCGCAUCUGGGAUAUCACCGAGAGACCUGGCUCGCCUCGUCUGCAGUAUGAUGCCUUUGGCGAGGCUAGGGAGACGGGCUUCGGAGGUUCUUCUUCAUCUUCAUCUUCUGCCCCUGCUGCCCUUGCUGCUACGCCCGCCGCUGCUACAGAUCUCACGACAACGCAGGUUGCGUCCAGCGCGCCCCUGGCCAUGGUCAUGGGCCACAUUUCGCGCAUCUGGCACGUUAGGUUUCCCAUGGGAGGCCUCGACGAGCUGGCGCGGGGCCGCCCCGCGACAGUGUACUCCUUUGGCGAGGACUCCACACUGCAGGCCUGGUCUCUCGACGUCGACCUCGAGGCGUGGCGGCGGAGAGCAGAGUCAGCCACAGUCGAGGGCGGCGAGACGCCCGUCGUCGCUGCGAGCAUCACGUACAAGGAGACGUAUGCCCGCCACGACGGGAAACACAUCUGGGCCACCGCCGUCACGGAGAAGGCGGACGGGCAGGUUCUGGUUGCCACUGGCGGCGCGGAUAGCAAAAUUAAUCUCUUCUCGGACCGUUCGCGCGCGGCUGGCGGCAGCAGCAGCAGCAGCAGCACGGCAGCGUCCAAGCUGCAAGAACUGCCGAGCGAACUGCAGACUUUGGUGAUGCGGGACGUGGUCAGCAAGCUACCCCCGCGAAACCCCGACCAUGCGAUCCCCCUGGAGACGAAGGAGGCCUUUCAGCGUUUCGCGUUCGUGCACGAAGACACCAUUGUCGCGACGAGCACCACCGGCCGUCUUCUCGUCGGCUCCUUUGGGCCGGAGCUGACGUGGACGCAGAUCGGGACCGACGGGGAGAUGUUGCGCGCCCUGAAUGCCUGUACAAGCUUGAAGAGUCCGGCGCCGGGCCUGGCGCUGAUAGGCACGGCCAACAAGAAGAUUCUACUCUACCGCGACUCGACCAUCCAGCAAGUCGGCACGGUGCCCGGUAAAGUGGCAGAUAUAUUCCCCCUAAGAAAAUCUUGGAUAGAGGACGGGGGGGCAUCGGACGAGAAGCUCGAGUUCCUCGUCACCAUGCUGGGCAGCGGAGACGCCAUGCAGAUCCUCACACUGGACCUCGAUGCCACGGCCGUCACAUCCAUGAUGCCCGUCCCUGAGCUCGACAGCAGAUUCGUCGUCACGGCCGCCUGCCAGAUCAACGACCUCCUUGUCCUUGGCUCGCGUCACGGCUAUGUGUCCGUCUUCCGCCGCGCGGUGGGAGAUAAGCAGCAGCAGCAGCAGCUCAUUCCGUUCCCAGCACCGGACCGCCGCUCCGGCGACGCAAUCACAUCCAUCAACGUCUUCCCCACCUCAUCUACUACCUCUGGUGCGGCGGCAUCACACAUCAUCACGACGAGCCGCGACGGAAACUAUCGCGUCUACGAGACCUCCGCCUCCGCCAUCCACCUGCGCCACGAGACGGCGCCCGCGGCGGUGCCGAACCUCGAAGACGCGUGGCUUUCUGAUGGCAGCGAUGACCUGAUUCUCUGCGGCUUCCGUAGCAAGAACUUCAUCGUGUGGAACGAGACGCGGCACGAGGAGAUCCUCCGCGUCGACUGCGGCGGCGCGCACCGCGCCUUUGCCUACACCCGGCAAGGUCACCAAAACAGCAACAGGGACCGAGACCGAGACCAUGGUAUGCGCUUCGUCUUCAACAAAGCCGCCACCUUGGGAGUCUACACCCAGCACAGCCCCUCCGUCGCCGCAAUCCACCACCGCACCCUUAAGCGCGGGUCCCACGGCCGCGAGGUCCGCGCCAUUGCGUAUUCUGGGCACUCUGAGCGUCGUCGUCGCUACAUCGCCACCGGCUCCGAGGAUACUUCGAUUCGCAUCUGGGAGUACACCACGGCCGGCGCCACGGGAGCUUCAUCCUCGCCUGAUGAAAGACGGGAGCUGCGCUGCGUCAAGGUCGUCAAGGUCCAUACCGCAGGCUUACAGGCCCUCAAGUGGCUCGGCGAGGACCUGCUCUUCAGCUGCAGCGGGAACGAGGAGUUCAUGGUCUGGCGGGCGUGCGAUCUCGGCGAUAGGGGGUUGGGUUUGAUGCGCGAGGCCGUGUUUGCGGAUAAGAGCGAGGACGGAGACCUUCGGAUCACGAGCUUCGACGUUGUGGUGUUGGACAAGGAAGAGAGUGGUAGCGGCAGCGUCGCUGUCACUAUGGCCUUUUCCAACUCGUUCGUCAAGACGUUCCUGUAUACACCCGGCCAAGGCUUCGAGUUACUCUUCAAGGGCCAGUACACGGGCGCCUGCCUGACGCAAGCGCGGCACCUUCGGGUCCGGGAGGGUAUGUUUGACGUCAUUACGGCCGCGACGGACGGGUGUCUUGCAGUCUGGCGUUCUCAAGGGUCCGAGUACGUUCUUCGGCACACGGAGCGGAUUCACCAGAGUAGUAUCAAGGCCCUCGACGUGCAUGUCACGUCCGAUGACCGGGUUGUGGUCCUUACUGGCGGCGACGAUAACGCGCUAGGCAUCGUCACGCUCGUUUCACGAAGCAGCAGCAACAACUCUGAUACCCAUGGCGGCGAUUUCGAGCCCGUGACGAGAGCCGGUGUCAGGAAAGCGCAUGCGGCGGCGAUCAACGGGCUCACGGUCCUCGGAGAGGCGGCGACGGCGACGGGACGAGGAGGCAGCCCGGUGGACUUUGUGACGGUCAGUAAUGACCAGCGGGUCAAGAUGUGGCGGCUCGGGUGGCGCGAGGGGGUGGAGGAGGUUACGUUGCUGGCGGACGAGUAUAGCGGCGUCGCGGAUGCCGGGGACGUUGAGAUUAUUGGCGAUGGCAAGGUUGCCGUCGGUGGUGUUGGGCUGGAGGUUUGGGAUUGGAGGUCUUGA